UUUGUAAACAACAAGGCGAAUCCCUCUAUAGUCUGGCCGGACGGAUGAGUCAUGGCCUUGUAAAAGAUUAUGUUUGUUUCUUUUAGUUGGCGAGAAUGUGUCACCGCAAACACGACAAACAUCCACUAACUUUGACGGCGUUUUCUGCGAACACGGCUGAGCCAUUUUGUACCGCUACAUGUGUUUCUAGUGGGACUAUGUUUACAAGCACAAGAGUUCAGCGAGCCACCGAAAAACCGCCCUGCAGAUUUACUAUUGGUUCUGCAACGUAUGGAGUUUUUUAAACUCUGAAAUUGUAUCCGCCCAUCUAAACACAAAAUCAGGGAGAAAGUCAUCAGUCUUUAGUUAAGCAAAGCAUCUAAAGUGCUGACUUGUGAGUCUACUGCUGAGUCAGUUUGACAUGCUGGAUAUAUCCUUCAAACACAGACUGUAGACCGGACCCUCUGUCUGCUUCUCUCUGGAAUCACUGGUUCAUUUUUCCAAAAAUAAUAAUAAUUUGUCAAGGAGUGCAGUUAGUUACAGUGUGGGCUCCAUGCUUACCCUGACAGCUUGUUGGACCAUCACAAAGAGGCGGGGCUUAGUGUCAAUUAUGACAGAAAUCUAUUUUUUUUUCUUAUAAACGUUACCAGCGUCUGCUUUAACCUCUAAGUAUUUUCUGUGUUCUUACUUUUAGGACUUUGCCACUCAGGUCCCUUGUGAACUAAUUAACGCCCCCGGGAGGUCCGCGGCCCUCAGGUUGAGAACCACUGCAGCAUCCUGGGAUGUCUCUGUCCAUGAUGCAGAAAUCACACCUGUCUAAUAAAGAUGAAGUCCCAUAAUAUAAAAUGUGACUGAUUUACAGCAAGUGGAAAUUAAGAUUGUUUGUUUUCAAGUCACAUUUUGUUUUAUUCUUUUCUCAUGUCGUGUUUUCCUUUGUAGCCUAUACUCCCACGCGCGUGCUUUGUAUCGAUCCUCAUCAGAGUCUACGUAUGGCUGAUUUGGGCAGGUCCCUCCAAUCAGCUGUCCCGCUGCCUCCGUCGUACGAUGUUCUCGCGUGUUCUGCUCACGGUGCCUUGUUUUCAUCACCCCAGCCUCAGUCCACAGCAGCUCCGCGUCUCAGUCGGUGGGCGAGGAGGAUGAAGGGUGCGCAUGUUGAAAAAUGGACUGCGCACUUUCCUCGCGGGCUCUCGCAUCGACGCGUCUGAAAACGUCCCCUCCACGGUGAUGCUCCAUGUUGCGGCGAGGAGCGGUUUUGCGGGAGGAGCGCGGCGCCAGGCACCGUGGCGGUUUUGCAUUUUUACGCAGCGGUCCAGCCUCUUCGUCCUCUAAUCAAACGGCGUCACAUGCAGCUGGAAAGCACUUUAACGCUUCAGAUAAAAUGUGUUUGGGUGAAUGCCGCAGCCCACAGGAUUUGGAGCAGCACUGGAGGCCAGCAUGCGCGGAUCAGAGGACGUUUUUAUAACGCUUGCGAAUCAUAUAUAGCAGAUUUUGGCACUUAACGUAAAAUCAAAGACUCAGCCAUGGGUGAUGAGAGCAACCUGUCUCGGCAGAUAGAGAGUGUAGAGAGGAGCAUGGUGUUCCUCAGACAGGAGCACCUCACUUUGCUCCACGGCCUCCACCUGGAGAUCCUGUCCCUGCAGAAACGAUGCGCAGAGUUGACAAGUGAACUAAAGGUGAAGCCUCCGGGCAGAAGCCAAAUAGAGUUACAGGAGGAAGAGGAGCUCCUGGAGGCUCGGUGUUGGGACCUGGAUAGCCGUCUGUCCGAGCAGGAGUGCACCUUAGGAGAGCUUCGUAAGGAGCUGAGUCACAAAGGGGCUCUGGUGGGAGCCCUCAGAGCCAAUCUCAAGGAAAAGGAGCGCCAUUUCCUCGAGGAGCUCAAACGGCGCAGCCACUGCUCCACCAUCCUCAACACGGAGCUGCAGAAACAAACAGAGGCGGCAGCAUACCUCUCGUUCCAGCUGCACGCUGCCAGGCAGAAACUGCACCACCAGCGGAUGCAGCAGAGGCAGGGACUCCUCGCCCGUGCCAACAGUCAGGGGGCCCAGUAUAGUGCCGAGCAGAACUCUGUUUCUCCACAGAUGCCAUCAGGAGCCUCCCCUUCGUCUCCUGUGGUCAAACCCAAGCGUAAGAGCGCGAGGGCGUCUUCGAGAGUGGAGCGUGCCCGCGAGUGUGUGCCCAUAGAGAAAGUGAUGGGCCCCGCAGAGCCCACAGCGAUGCCAGACCCUGCACUCUUCCUCCACCCUCGAAGGCACAGGGCUCGCUCCAGGCACACUGCAGCACAAAGACAGCCUCCACUGGGGCUAGAGAAGGAGGAUGAGGAGGAAGGAGGUGGAGAGGGGCCAGUGGAGCACCAGGGUGAAGCUGCCAGACUGGUGUCUUCAGCCGCAGCGCCCCCUGCUGCUGAGACAAAGGCAGAUUAGUGACUACUGUGACUUGUGCUUUUAACUGCAGUGUGAUCACUGUAUGAUUAUCUCCUGUCAGACUGUUAAUGCUGUUAACUGUUGUUCUGCACUUUGACCAAAUUGAUACUGAGACUGGUUUUAGCUAUUGAAUUACAUCACACUUAUUGUAGACACUUUUUUAAAUAUGGACUUUGAUAUAACCUUAAAUAACUUGCAAAGCGAAACUCAGUGUCACUUUAAGUCGGUCUGAAAUGAAGUUAGAUGAAUUAUCUGUUUACACUGGUGUCACAUGCUCAGUAUACUGUGGCAGCCCCUUUUUGAUCUGUGGUGACUGAGUAGCAGCCAUUUUAGGUGGGCUACAAGCCGACGUGUUGUGUAGCCCAGCCGACUUUGAACUUUCAAGGCCAAUCGUAAAUCAACCAUGUGACCAAACAUUUGUGUGGCCCCCCCUGACCGAGUCACAGCUGAAAAUAUCUGAUGUGGCAUGCACGUCUGUGUGAGUCCUCCAAGUGAAAAAAUGUUGAUUGAAAAGAGGUGUGUGGCCAUUACUUUGAAAAAAUACAAUUAGAAAUAGUAACUUGAGAUAACUUUUUUUUUCUGAACUUCAAUCCAUGACCACUGCACUGCAUAUCGCUCUGUUAAGCUCUACAGCUGAUAAAUUUUAUCUGUAUUACGCCUCUUUAUACCUAACACAGUAAAUUCAUAUGUGAUUUUGCCAGAAGAGGACGUAUAAUGCCAGUGUUGGGUCAAUAUCCUAGCCCCAGCUGUAACCUCAAAUGCUUAACUCUUUAAACUCACCAUACAUUAAAGGUAUAGUGUGCAGGAUUUUCCCUAAAUAUCAAUAUAUAGAGUCAUACAGAAGAAAUCCAUCUUAAUCAUCACUCAUGACACACUACAAGUAUGUGGCAGUGUAUGUUUCUGCAGAGACCUUUGCCUGUAUUUUCUUUGUUUCUUCUUAUUGUCUGUGUUUAGGACGUUCAUGGGCGUGUACCCUCACAGCACUCAGGUGAGGUCGGGGCUUUAUUAAAACUUAGUAGCCAAGUGCUAGCCCUGUUUCCACCAAACACUUUCAGUAUGGUACCUCUGGAACCAAAAGUAACCCUUCAGACAUGGUACCUAGACCCUAGUGUUUCCACUGCAAACAGUACUUAAAUGUGGGCGGGUUGUUGUCACUCACUGCUCCGUCCAGCACGCAUUGUAUUUCCUCAUCACCGGUGUGAGAGAUGGACAGUCUUUGUCACACUGAUAUUUUCAGAAUGAAAUAGAGCAGGCUGCAGUGAGAGUCUCUCUUUAUAAGAUAUUUAAAAAUAGCAGGUUUGUGCAUUUAGUCCUUCUAAGGCAAGCUCAGGGGUUUAGUGUCGCAGUAGCCCACAGGAACAACGCUCCACAAUGCUUUUUUUCUCUGAGUGAGGAUUAGAAUAUAUGCAGUUAACAUAACCAGGUCGAAAUUAAUAUAUAUAAACACUGGAAGAUCCACUCAUUACUAAAAGUGUAUGUCAUAUAAAAACUAAAGCAAUGGUCCAAGUUGACACAGUGAAAUUUAUAAGUUUUUUUUUUUUUUAAUAUUUUUUGGGGCAUUUCGGCCCUCAAUGGACAGGACAGACAAGUAUGAAAGGGGGAGAGAGAGAGGGAGUGACACGCAGCAAAGUGCCACAGGCUGGAGUCGAACCCGGGCCGCUGUAGCAACAGCCCUGCACAUGGGGCGCCCGCUCCACCACCAAGCCACCGACGCCCCGACACAGUGAAAUUUAAGGUGUGUUGACUGAUUUACGUCAUCAACUCAUGCAUUGAGUAACAUUACAAGUUAAUGUUCCACCUUAAAAGUUGUCGGCAGUCGGCCCAGUAAAUUAAGUUAAUUUUUUCUCUGACUCCAGCUGCUGCAAGAUGCAGCAAAACAUCCUUUCAUUUUAUAGUUACAAUAAUAAAACUCUAAUCGGUAUGAACAGUGGUUUCAGCAGCCUCAAAACCAGCCACAGCUCAGCCCUGAGCAGAGUGACCGUCCUCUAUUGACCAAUCAACAGACUGCAGUGUUCACAGCUCCACCUUUUAGUACCAGAUCUGUGAGCUAGGUACCCCAACAGAGGGGGGACCAAAAAUGAGGACGGUACAGAACGGUCCAAUUGGUACCAUCCACAACUUUUCACAGUGGAAACAGAAAAUAAGCGCACCAAACUGAACUGAACCGUACUGUUCGGUGGAAACAGGGCUUUGGAGACACAGCACCGAAAAAUGAAACACAAAUGUAGCAGGGCGAAACACCAAACGAGUGCAUCUGGGGUUGGCUUUUGCUUUCACUUGCAAAUGUGUUUACAAAGAGUAACCGACAAUCCUGCAUCGUAUACCUUUAACAAAACUACUUGUCGUCAAAGACAAAAACUGACCUGUUUUUUCUCUUCAAAUUGCAGCGUUUGUUUCUUUUAUCAGUGCGUCUCUUAGGUGAAGGACAGAUCAGAUAGCAGUAUUGUUGGCCAUGUGUAAACUUAAAGUCUUGGAUUAGCUAACACAAUAUUUAGAGUCUGUUUUACUAAAGGAUCCACAUUGAGGCACAUGUGUGCUGCUUUGUAUAAACAGGUGGUGAUGAUGACUUCUGAUGCGUUUGACCGUGUGUUUCACUUGGGUGUGGUUUGCGCACUAAACACACACGCACAAACACACACUCUGAUUACUUCAAUGACUUUGUGUUUGUGGUUGUGUUGGGGUUUCUUUUCACCUCAGGAAAAAUGGACAAACGAGAACAAGACUGGAGGUUUUGGUUUUUAACUGAAGCCUGGUUGAUUUUCAAAGUGUUUAUUUUUCAUUUUGCGCAGUGUAUCUGUGUCUAAAUGCACACAAGUACGGUGACUGUGUGCUGUAACUGACCAGAGGGCAGGCGCAGCCGAAAGCUGUGUGUAUGUGUGUGUGUGUGUGUGUGUGUGUGUGUGUGUGUGU